GUAGGAGUAGAUCUUUCUUUUUUUUUUCUGACAGCGAAGGUAAAGGGGAAAACGUCCGAUUCCUUGCGCGGCGAUCCGAUCCUUGCAACAACCCCGGCGUCACAGUAUAUGAUGAUCCAAAGCCUCCCCCAUUGUCUUCGUUCAACACAAGAAGAAGAGGAAGAAAAAGUAUGGACACCAACACCCAAGGCCUCCUCCUGCCCCGGUCCGAUGGCGCCGUCCCCGGCGUCGUGGACUUCCGCGGCGGCCCCGCGCCUCGCGCCUCCACCGGCCGCUGGUCCGCCGCAAUGUUUGUCCUCGGUGUGGAGAUCGCGGAGAGGUUCGCGUACCACGGGGUGUCGGCGAACCUGAUCAGCUACCUGACGGGCCCGCUGGGGGAGUCCACGGCGGGGGCCGCCGCGGCGAUCAACGCCUGGAGCGGCGUCGCCACGAUGCUGCCGCUGCUCGUGGCGUGCGUCGCCGACGCAUGGCUCGGGAGGUACCGCACCAUCGUGCUCGCCUCCCUCCUCUUCGUCGUGAGCAUGGGCAUGUUAACCCUCUCCUCGGCGCUGCCGGCGUUCCACUCCGACGGCUGCAGCAGCUUCACCUCCAAGUCGCUCGCUUGCUCCCCUUCCCCGGUGCAAGUCACCAUCUUCUACAUCUCCCUGUACCUGGUGGCGCUGGCGGAGGCCGGGCACAAGCCCUGCGCGCAGGCGUUCGGCGCGGACCAGUUCGACCAGCACCACCCCAAGGAGUCCGUCUCCAGGAGCUCCUUCUUCAACUGGUGGUACUUCGGCAUGUGCUCCGGCACCGCCGCCACCACCAUGGUGUCCAGCUACAUCCAGGACAACAUCGGCUGGGGCCUCGGCUUCGGCAUCCCCUGCCUCGUCAUGGUCUUCGCUCUCGCCAUGUUCUUGCUCGGCACGCGGAGGUACCGCUACUACACUUCCACCCGGUCCAGCCCCUUCGCUCGCCUCGCCAGAGCGCUCAUUGCGCUCAUCAGAGGCUCCAAAUCGAGCCAAUCUGACAACGCUCUUGCCAGUGAGGAUGAUGAGUUCAACACCGAGCACCGCGAGGAAGUGAGAGGCCUGCUGCGGCUGUUCCCCAUCUGGGCGACGUGCAUCAUCUACGCCGUCAUCUUCUCCCAAUCUUCGACGUUCUUCACGAAGCAGGCGGCGACGCUGGACCGGCGGAUCGGCCAGAGCUUCAAGGUGCCGCCGGCGGCGCUGCAGACGUUCAUCAGCGUGACCAUCAUCACCUUCAUCCCGGUGUACGACCGGCUCUUCGUGCCCGUGGCGCGGCGGUUCACGCGCCUGUCCUCGGGGAUCACCAUGCUGCAGCGGAUCGGCACGGGGCUGGUGCUGGCGAUGGUGGCCAUGGCCGUGGCGGCGCUCGUGGAGAUGAAGCGGCUCGGCGUGGCGAGGGACGCCGGCCUCGUGGACGAACCCAAGGCGGCGCUGCCGAUGAGCCUGUGGUGGAUGGUGCCGCAGUACGUGCUGUUCGGGCUCUCCGACGUGUUCGCCAUGAUCGGGCUGCAGGAGUUCUUCUACGACCAGGUCCCCGACGCGCUCCGCAGCCUCGGCCUCGCCUUCUUCCUCAGCAUCUUCGGCGUGGGGCACUUCCUCAGCAGCUUCCUCAUAUCCGCCAUCGACGGCGCCACCAAGAAGAGCGGGGCCAGCUGGUUCUCCAACAACCUCAACCGCGCGCACCUCGACUACUUCUACUGGCUCCUCGCCGGGCUCUGCGCCGUGGAGCUCCUCGCGUUCCUCAUCGUUUCGCGCGUUUAUGUGUACAAGAAGAGGGUGGCGCAUCAUGACGACGGUGCUGCUGCUGUCAUGUAGAUUAGGGAAUGGAUAAAACUUUUGCGAUGUGAUUAUUUUGUUGUCAAUGUAUAGUGUAUAGCGUUAUAGUUUCUGGGAGAGAUUUAGCUUGAUCUAUGUACUGGUUCAGCUAUGCCCGAGUUCUAAAAUUCCAAGAUAUUCUGCACAGAUCAAAGUGCAGGUUUUUUUUU